GGCUCUCCUCUGCGGUGGAUCCAGACAAGUUACCGUUGCUGGGUCCCCAUUUUUCUGAUUGUCUGAAUGUUUCUUUCAAAAACGUAUAACCGUUGCAGCUCCCCCACUUUUCUUUCUCUUCAAAACAACUAAUACAGCAAGCAAGCAGCCAUCCAUUGCAGCAGCACGAGAAGAGAAAAAAGAAAAGAAUUUGAAGCUAAAUCCAAAUUUAAAGGUGUGGGUUUUGCUUUCUCUUUUCUUUUAAGUUACCUUUUACGUUUUCCUCUUCAGGUUUGUUUCAGCAGCUUGGUUAUUUAUACAUAGCAAGUCAUGGUUGUUGAGGUUAAAGUUGAUGAAACCCAGGCGGGUCAGGUUUUUGUCACUGAAGAAGAGCCCAAGAAGGUUGCACAAGAUAAUGGGAAAGUUGUUGACAGUGAAAUAGAUGAUUCCAAGCCCAAGACAGUUGAGAAGAGCUCUUCCUAUAGGGAGGAGAGCAAUUUCCUGUCUGAUCUCAAAGAGUUUGAGAAGAAGGCUUUGAGUGAACUGAAAUCGAAGCUCGAAGAAGCCAUUCUUGGAAAUAGCUUGUUAAGGAAACAAGAGCCAGAAAAGGAUGAGAAGCCCAGUGAUGAGAAGGAAGAGAAGGAAAAAGAAGUAGCAGAGGAGAAAGAGAAAGAAGAGGAGGCAAAAGGAGGAGAAGAAGGCGAAAGCCCGGUGGGAGAAGAGGAAGCAAAACCAGAAGGAGGUGAGGAGGAGAAAACAGCCCAAGAAUGUGAAGAGAAGAAAUCUGACGAACAAGGCAUAGAAAUCAAAAAGGAUGUUUCCAUUUGGGGAGUCCCUCUUUUACCUUGCAAAGGCGGAGAGGCUACUGAUGUAGUCUUGUUGAAGUUCUUGAGAGCUAGAGAGUUCAAGGUCAAUGAUGCCUUCGAGAUGCUUAAAAAUACCCUGCAAUGGCGGAAGGGUGGCAACAUCGAUUCAAUCUUGGACGAGGACUUUGGGGCUGGUCUAGGCUCCGCCGCUUACAUGAAUGGCAUUGAUAAAGAGGGCCAUCCCGUUUGUUACAACAUCUAUGGAGCGUUCGAGAAUGAGGAGCUUUAUAAGAAGACAUUUGGGACAGAAGAGAAGCGCGGGCAGUUCUUGAGAUGGAGGUUUCAGCUGAUGGAGAAGGGCAUUCAGAAGCUUGAUUUGAGGCCUGGUGGUGUCACUUGUUUGCUUCAAAUCAAUGAUCUCAAGAAUUCGCCAGGGCCCUCAAGGAAAGAGCUAAGGGUUUCCAUGAAGCAAGCUGUUGGAGCCUUACAGGACAAUUAUCCUGAGUUUGUGGCAAGGAAUAUAUUUAUAAAUGUUCCAUUCUGGUACUAUGCCCUCAAUGCCCUGCUAUCUCCUUUCUUAACACAAAGGACUAAGAGCAAGUUUGUGGUGGCUCGCCCGGCCAAGGUCACCGAAACCCUUCUCAAGUACAUUCCUGCCGAGGAUGUCCCCGUACAGUAUGGUGGGUUCAAGAAGGAAAAUGAGUUUGAGUUCUGUGGCCAAGAUGCCACUGUUACAGAAAUCAUUGUCAAGGCUGGAUCAACCAAGACCAUUGAGAUACCUGCUGAUGAGGUUGGAAGCACAUCAAUUUGGGAGCUGAUAGUUUUGGGUUGGGAAGUAAAUUACAAGGCUGAGUUUGUACCAUCAGACGAGGGAUCUUACACUAUCAUCGUCCAGAAGAGCAAGAAGAUAUCAGUGUCACAGUCGCAGGAAGGCCCCAUCGGCAACACCUUCAGGAACAAUGAACCAGGGAAGCUGGUCCUCACUAUUGAGAACACUUCCAGCAAGAAGAAGAGAGUUCUUUACCGCUACAAGACCAAAAAGAGCUCACCCUUUUGAAGACAAAUCUCAUUUGCAUUUUGCUUCCUUUCCAUUCUCUUGGUUUGUGAGAGAAACUUGGAGAGAUUAUUUCUUAUUAUAUUCUUUUCAGAUAGUGAGAGACUACUAAAGCUUCAUUCUU